AUGGAGCAAGAGACAAAAGUUUGCCUCAGAGAGCAGGCAAAGACAACGAAAAGAGACUUUACCUACACCCCACACCAAAAGGCAAAAGAGGUCAAGAAAGUGGCUGCUUCAGGAGGCAGAGAGGCAGUACAGAAGGACAGUGGCGAUGUACAGUGUCAAGAGGCUCUGGAGCCUGUGACUAAGAACCAAAAGCAGUCCAGGGAACCUAUAAAAGCAGAAUUCCACGUCUACCACAAAGGCUUCACGGCAAAGGUCAUGCGCUGGCCAGUUAAUCCUGUAGACACCAUCAUCUCCUACAUAUGCCAGAAGCCUGCCUCCAUGGAAGUAGCAGAUUUCGGAUGUGGCGACUGCAAAAUAGCUCUCAGUGUGAAGAACAUAGUGCAUAGUUUGGACAUGGCACCAAUCAGUGACCGUGUCACAGUCUGCGACAUGGCUAAUGUACCCCUCAAGAAUGGCACUGCGGACAUAGCCGUCUUCUGUCUGUCUCUUAUGGGGACCAACCUGGUUGAUUUCCUACUUGAGGCUAACCGUGCGCUGGUGGUAAUGGGGUAA